CUCCCGAGUCCCGAUGGCCGAUGCCCAAACCAUAAAUUAAAGAAUAAAAUAUAUAAAAACGUGUAAUAUUAUUAUACUAGAAAGAGCUAGUGGCAGACUGGUGGAAGGAAGCGAGCGAUCUCCAAUCCAAGCAGAAAAAGUCAAUCUCAUCCACAUCGGGAGGGAAAUGGCCAGAAUUCGGCGACUGGGACUGCAUCUGGCGAUCCUUGCUCUACUUUUAGGGGUCUUCUCCACUUUAAAAAACCAGCAGGCCAAGGCCGUUGCAGAAAGACCGGUGAACAAGAUUAAGCUUAAUUCUCAUAUUCUGCAGGAGUCAAUUAUCAAACAGAUAAAUGGAAACCCUAAUGCUGGAUGGGAAGCUGCCGUGAAUCCUAGAUUCUCCAAUUACACUAUUGGCCAAUUUAGGCACCUUCUUGGAGUCAAACCAACACCUCAAAAGGAUUUGAAGAAUAUUCCAGUUAUAGCUCAUGCAAAAUCCUUGAAGUUGCCAAAUAAGUUUGAUGCAAGAACUGCUUGGCCUCAAUGUAGCACCAUUGGAAGAAUUUUAGGUUAAUUGCUUAUAUGCUUUUUACGUAAAUAUAACAUAUGGAUUUUGUACUGGCAGGGUCAUUGUGGUUCUUGCUGGGCUUUUGGUGCUGUUGAAUCUUUGUCAGAUCGUUUUUGCAUCCAUUUUGAUGUGAACAUAUCUCUUUCAGUUAAUGAUCUCUUAGCAUGCUGUGGCUUUAUGUGUGGAGAUGGCUGUGAUGGAGGGUAUCCAAUUUAUGCUUGGCGGUAUUUUGUCCAUCACGGAGUUGUCACAGAAGAGUGUGACCCAUAUUUUGAUGAUACUGGCUGUUCCCACCCUGGUUGUGAGCCUGCAUAUCCGACACCAAAGUGUGUUAGAAAGUGUGUAAAUAAAAAUCAGCUUUGGAGCAAUUCAAAGCAUUAUAGUAUCAGUGCGUAUAGAAUAAAAUCUGAUCCCCACAGUAUUAUGGCAGAAAUUUAUAAGAAUGGCCCAGUUGAGGUCUCAUUCACUGUUUAUGAGGAUUUUGCUCACUAUAAAUCAGGAGUUUACAAACAUAUUACAGGCGAUGUAAUGGGCGGUCAUGCUGUCAAGUUAAUUGGAUGGGGUACUACUGAUGCUGGGGAGGACUACUGGCUUCUUGCAAAUCAGUGGAAUAAAAGUUGGGGUGAUGAUGGUUACUUCAUGAUCAGAAGAGGAACAAAUGAGUGUGGCAUUGAAGAGGACGUGGUUGCCGGGUUGCCUUCAUCCAGGAAUCUUGUAAGAGAGAUAGCCAGCGUGGAGGCCGAUGCAGUUGUUUCGUUCUGAUUGGAGGUACCAAUGGCAUGAUCGGCCAAAUAAAACCUGUAAGAUGAUUGAAGAUGUGACACUACUUUUUAUCUUUGCUACCAAACCUGUGAAAUUGUUGUUUAAUUAAAAGAUUGUCAUAUAACUAUAAAAGAAAGCGGAGCAUUAUAUUUUAUAAAAAUAUGUGGAAUGUUUAAACUUCUGCUA